AUGAGUAGAUUCUCUCUGAAAGGCCGCACUGCUCUCGUCACUGGCGGUGCUCGAGGAUGUGGCCUUGCUUUUGCCGAAGGUCUAGCGGAAGCCGGUGCAGACGUCGCCAUCUUUGACGUGAUUGACCCCGUCGAAGGCUUCUUUGAGAUUGAGAAGAACUUUGGUGUCAAGACCAAGCAUUACAAGGUUGACGUCAGCAGCAUUGAAAGCCUCGAGAAGGGGUUCGCUGCGUUCAAGGCAGAUUUUGAUGGCAAGCUGGACGUAUGCGUGCCAUGUGCCGGUAUCAACAAGAACCUGGCCUUCUUGGACACAUCCUUCGAGCAGCAUCAUCAAUUAUUAAGUGUCAAUGUUAUGGGCGUCUACCACACUGCACAGAUGGCUGCGACGCAGAUGAUUGAGAACAAGACGAAAUGCGGCAGUAUUAUCAUGGUCGCCAGCAUCGCCAGUUAUAUGGCCAUCCGGAGCCAGAUGAGCAGUGCAUACUGUGGUACCAAGGGUGCAGUGAGAGCCAUGUGUCCAGCCAUUGCGGCCGAAUUGGUUCCCUACGGUAUCAGAGUGAAUACGAUAUCUCCGGGAUACGUGAAGACGGAAAUGACUGCUCCGUUUCCUCAUUUGUUGGAGAGCUGGAAAGACGAGAUUAUGAACAGAAGAGUCGCACAGCCGGAUGAUAUCAGGGGUGCUUGUGUGUUUUUGGCCAGCGAUGCUAGUUUGUACAUGACAGGUCAGGAUGUGUGUGUCGAUGGUGGAGUCACCAAAUGGUAG